GAAUAAUAUGAUCGGUUAUUUGUCAUUACUGUCAGGUUUAUCGGUUCCUGACUGACAACUGACAACCAUGGGACCGUUCGUAAAGGUAUGUGUUCUUUUCUUUACCUUUAAAAUAAUUUUGACAACCAGUGGGGUACUAUCGUUCAGACGUGUAUUUAUAGUCUCAGUGGACAGUGUUUUAUGAUUACGGAGGAUGUGUUACAUGUUUCUGUGAUGUAAUAUUAUUUAUGAAGAUGUAACUACUAAUAGGUAGGCCACUUUCCCCAACUUACCACGUUAUUCUGGUAUCUGACGGCAUGAUCAGUGUCAUGGAAGCCGUGCCUUUGACAGUUUGAAUAGGCAUUAAAUUAGGCAAGAUUUGGAGGAUGAAAUUUGGAAAAUCUAUGCUAUGAAUAUAUUUUUUAACGUGAAAUUUAUUUUAGUAUAUUGUAUUUAUUUUUUUAGUAAUUAUAGUCUAUUUAUAGUACUUAAUAACCCAGUCACGUGUUUGGAACUUAAAAUUUAAUAUGCACUAUAUUUGGUCAUAAUUACCAUGUUUACUCUGUCACACACCUUAAAUUAAGUAAAUAAUAUUCCAUUAAGAAAUUUGUUAGUUUGGAGAAGAAACUUACUUAUAAAUAUUUUUUUAUGAAGGAGACAAUAGGGUUUUUAUGCAAUGUAGAAAGCCUGUGCAUAAAUUGUUGUGUAAUUAUGAAAAUUAGUUUGUAUAUUAAAUGUGAAUAGAUAUAAUAAUGCAGAUGUACUAUUUCUUGCACUUUGGUAGUUUGCACCAUAAAAAAAAUGUUUUUGUGAAAUAAUUAAAAGUUGAGAGAAAAUAAAUAAUUUCCUCUACUUUGGAUGAAUGACAGUCAUUACAGAAUUGUGUGUGAUCAAUCAUGAUAUGUGAUGUCAGCAUUGUUUACAUGGCGAAUUCAGGAGACACUCGACUUGUUUACCGUCCCAGGUAUGACUAUCUUCCCAUCAGUGAUUCACCUGGCCGGAGACGUCAAAUUGAACCCAGGUCCAGCUGGUAAGGAAUUAGAGGAUAUGAAAUCGGCUAUCAUUAGACAAAUAAAGGAAUCAGAGGAAAGACUGUCAAAAGAUAUACACUCGAUGAAGAAGGAUAUAGAAUAUCUGAUGUCGGAAGUAACAGAUCUGAAGAAAUAGGUCAAGAACAGUACAGCGGAACAAGAGAUUUUACGACUGGACAUCGAUACACUCAUAGAAAGAACUCAUCAUUUGGAGGAGUAUGUUGGUGUUCUUGAAUCUCGUGUCGAGGACCAGGAGCGAAGAGGUCGACGUAACAACAUGGUGUUGUACGGAGUACCUGAGGUCGAGGGACACAAGGAAACCUACACAGAAAGUAAGAACAAGGUGCUGGAAAUCUUGAACGACGCAAGGAGAACAAAGGGUCUGACUACGCUUGUGGUGAGAGACAUUGAGAGGGCCCACCGUAUUUCCUCAAAAUACUCCAAUAAAACCAGGCCUAUAAUCGUGCGCAUGUGCCACUGGAAUGACAAGUGGCACUCAGUGAAACUUAGGAGUGUACUGAAACAGAAUGGGAUAGGAAUCGCAAAUGACCUGUCAAACCAACAGAGACAGGAACUGUACAAGCUUCGUAGUGAGAACCCAAACAUUAGAUACUACUAUAAAGGGAAUAAGCUCGUCGAGGAACCUAAGGAGGACAGUGUACAGAAUUCACAAGAUAAUAUCACCCAGCAGAACAAGCCUCCCAGGCGACAGCUUAGAUCCUACUCUCACGCUGCCUCUAGGGGACAGUCGAGCUAGGGGUGUGGUCAGGGCCGAGUAAGAGACAAUGUACAUACUUCUAGUGAAUGUAGGACGUUUCAACAAGAAUCUGUGGACUUAUUUGACAAUCAACCUGUAAGUAAGGAAAAUCUUGUGAAAUUUAUAUUUUGGAAUAUUUCUGGAAUUUGGAGUAAAUUAAGUGACUCUGACUUCUGUAGCUAUGUACAAAACUUUGACAUCAUUGGAAUUACAGAAACAUGGUGUAAGGAUCUCAAUUUAGGUAAUGUUUUUCAAAAUUAUGAAAUCAUUAACAAAGAGGCAGAUAAAUUAUCAUCUUAUGGCAGACUUUCUGGUGGCAUUUUAGUUAUGGCUAGGAAAGAAUUGUCUAAAUGUGUAAAAUGGACAAAAACUUCUGAAAAUGCAAUUUUCCUACUGUUUGACAAACAACUUUUUGGAACAGAAUUAGAUUUGUUUUAUGCUUGUGUGUACAUACACCCAGAGAGUUCCUCAUGGUAUGAUAAGUUUAGUUCUAAUUGCAAAAAUGGUGUCACUCUUUUUCAAGAGAAACUACUUACAAUAUUAUCAGAAUUUGAUGAUGUACAUGUAUUAUGUGGUGGUGAUUUCAAUGCCAGAACUGGAACUAAAUCUGACUAUGUUGAAGAUGACAUAACAGAGUAUACUGAAAAUCAUAAUUACUUCAUGUCUGAUCUUAUAUCGGAUUACUUCAAUCUUGAACGCUUUUCUCUAGAUAGAGUUUUAAACAGCUUUGGAAAAUGUUUAACUGAUUUAUGUUCAGUUCUGAAUAUUCAUAUCAUGAAUGGAAGAUGUGGUAGAGAUAAAAAUGUCGGUGACUUUACUUUUAUUGGUGUAAAUGGUACCAGUGUAAUUGACUAUAUUAUAGCCUCUUCUCCAUUAUUUGACAAUGUUGCAGACUUUGGUGUAGAAUCUUGAUCAGAUUCAGUUCACCUUCCAGUUACUAUGACAUUAAGAGUACCCGAAACACACCAACCCUCAAAACCAAGGAAUGAUCAGGCUACUAAAUCUUUCAAGUUUGUCUGGGAUAAUGACAAAUCACAAAAUUUUAGAGAUCAACUCUUUUCUGACCAAGUUCAAGAUUUACUUGAUAAAUCAGUAAAUACAGCAUUGUCCAAAAUUGAUGUAAGUAUUAAUUACUUAGUGGAUGCCUUGAAAUUAGCGGGCUCGGACAUGCAAAAAAAGGUUAGAAAUCCAAAGCUUAGUCAAUUGUGUAAAUGGUAUGAUGCAGAAUGUGAGGGUCUUAAAAAGAAAAGAUGUAGGGCACUCAAUAAAUUCAGGAGAUGUAAAGAUAAGGACUCACUUAGAGAAUAUCAUAACAUAAGAAACAAAUAUAUAGCUAUGUGCAAAGAAAAGAAACAAGAAUAUUUACAUGAUAAGCAACAAUCCUUAGAAAAUAACAUUCAUGACUCUAAACUAUUUUGGUCAGAACUGAAAAGUCUAAGCAAACAUCAAAAGACAAAUAAUAUCAACAUUAAGGAUUGGUACAUUUACUUUAAAGAAUUAUUUACUUUCACAGUUACUGAUCAGAGCCCUGAAAAUCAGUUCCAGGAGUCACAAGAUAAUACUCAGUUUGCAAAUGAUAUACUGGAUUCCCCUAUUACCAGAGAUGAGAUUUUAGAGAGUAUACACCAUCUUAAAUGCAACAAAUCACCAGCAAUGGAUCAGAUUAUUCCCGAGUUUUUUUAAACAUUCCUCAGAUAUAAUUGUACCUUACCUUGAACUUAUAUUUAAUGUUAUAUUAGAAAAUGGAACAUUUCCAGAUGCAUGGUCAUUAGGGAUAAUUGUGCCAAUACAUAAACAAGGUGAUAUAAACAAUUACAGAGGUAUUUCACUGCUAAGUGUUUUUGGUAAAUUAUUCACAAACAUAAUAAAUAAAAGGUUAGUGUUUUGGGCAGAUACCCUCAACAAAAUCAAUGAAGAACAAGCUGGAUUUAGAGAGGGCUAUUCAACUAUUGACAACAUUUUUAUCCUUCAAGUUUUAGUUAACAAAUACCUCAGUGUCAAGGGUGGGAAACUUGAUGUGCUCUUCGUUGACUUUGCCAAGGCAUUUGACUCAGUGCAGAGACAUAAACUAUGGAACCUUUUAAGAUCACAUGGCCUCAGCUUUAAGAUGAACAAACUAUUGGGUAGCAUUUACGAGAAUAUUAAGGUGUGUGUGCGAAACAAUAAUGAGAUUUCAGAAACAUUUAUUAGUCAGUUAGGAGUAAGACAAGGAUGCAUCUUAAGCCCAUUUUUCUUUACUUUUUUCAUAAAUGAACUGGCUGUACAAAUAAAUACCAACUGUAAUUAUGGUGUUCAGCUCCAUCCAGAUAUUACAAAGAUAUUUUUACUUUUAUUUGCAGAUGAUAUUGUUUUCUUUUCAUCAACAAUCAAAGGACUGCAGUGUCAAAUUAAUGAACUUGAAAGUUACUGCAAUAAAUGGAAGCUAACAGUUAACAUGAGUAAAACAAAAGUUUUGGUAUUUAAGAAUGGAGGUCAUUUAGCAAGUAAAGAAUAUUGGUCCUUUAAAGGACAAAAAAUAGAAACUACAGGAUUUUAUAAAUAUCUUGGUGUUUACUUCAGUAGAAACUUGUCAUGGCAUAAACAUUUGUAUCAAGCUGCUUUACAAGCAAGAAAGGUCUUUGUAAGUAUCCAUAAGAGUUUGAAAGUUUUAGAAACCAUUUCUCAUCAAUCUUUUUUAAAAAUAUUUGAUAUAAAGAUACUCCCCAUUUUGUUGUAUGGGGCAGAAGUCUGGGGUCUACAUAACUUUGAUGCCAUAGAAAGGAUUCAUUUAUAUGUUUGCAAAAAGUAUUUAGGUGUUAAAAUAAACACUUCCAGCUUGGUGGUGUAUGGAGAAUGUGGAAGAUUCCCUCUCUAUGUAUAUUCAAAUAUAAAAGUUAUUAAAUACUGGCUGAGACUUAUUGACAUGCCCUCGUAUAGAUUGCCGAAAAAGUGUUAUAAUAUGAUGAUAGUUUAUGAUAAUAAUGGGAAAAGAAACUGGGUUACAGGUGUUAGAGAAUUACUUUUCAGUUGUGGCUUUGGUGAUAUUUGGCAAAACCAAAAUGUGUAUCCCAAACCAAUGUUUAUACUUUCAUUAACCCAGAGAUUAAAGGAUAUUUAUUUACAAUCUUGGACUGCAUCAUUGACUCAAACAAACAAAUGCUUUUAUUACAAAUUGUUUAAAGCAGAAAUAAUUAUGGAAGAUUAUUUAUCAAAAGUUAAUGUUAAAAAAUUUCGAACGGCUCUUUCACGUUUUAGAUGUUCUUCUCACAACCUUUUAAUAGAAACAGGGCGCUAUGUAAACAUUCCUCGUGAAGAAAGAAUCUGUAAUCUAUGUAGUUUAAACUCAGUAGAAGAUGAAUUUCAUUUCUUACUUGUAUGUCCAGUGUAUUUACACCUUAGGGAAAAAUACCUGCAAGCUUAUUAUUACAGGUACCCUAAUAUUAUUAAAUUUGUUACAUUGCUGUCAAACACAAAAAGAAGUAUCUUACAAAAUGUUUCCAUGUACAUAUAUUAUGCCUCUUUAUACAGACAGAACCUUAUGAAAGAAUAAUCUUAGCUGCUUGGUAUUAGGAAACUAUUGUGUAUAUACAUUAAGUACAUAUUUAUAGAUAUUUGCCAUCUGAAUAAACUACAAACAAAAGAGUUAAAAAUGGUAUUAAACUACUAGGCUGUCAUAUGAUAUUGUGGGACGUGAUAUUAUAAAUGGUUAAGAAUAGUUAUAUGUAUAUGAAAUGAUAUGAUGUGACAUGACAUGAUGUGAUAGGAUAUGAAGUGUUGUGGUGUGAUAUGAUACAUGAGGGGAUAUGAUGCAAUAUAUUAUGUGUAUUAUAGAAAUU